GCUGCCCUCUGCGGAGGCGGCCGGCGGGGGCCCAGCUCCGGGCCGGGGCCGGGGGCGCGCCGGGGCCGGGGGGCGGCGCUCCGGCCCGGCCCGGCCCCGCCCGAUGUCCAUGAGCGCGAACACCAUGAUCUUCAUGAUUCUGGGGGCGUCGAUCGUGAUGGCCAUCGCGUGCUUGAUGGACAUGAACGCGCUGCUGGACCGCUUCCACAACUACAUCCUCCCGCACCUGCGGGGCGAGGACCGGGUCUGCCACUGCAACUGCGGUCGGCACCACGUCCACUACGUGAUCCCGUACGACGGGGACCAGUCGGUGGUGGACGCCUCCGAGAACUACUUCGUGACCGACAACGUCACCAAGCAGGAGAUCGACCUCAUGUUGGGGCUGCUGCUGGGCUUCUGCAUCAGCUGGUUCCUGGUGUGGAUGGACGGCGUUCUGCACUGCGCCGUGCGCGCCUGGAGGGCCGGCCGGCGCUGCGACGGCUCGUGGACCUGGCUGCCCAAACUGUGUGGCUUACGGGAGCUGGGCCGGAGGCCGCACCGGCCCUUCGAGGAGGCGGCCGGGAACAUGGUGCACGUGAAACAGAAACUCUACCAUAACGGCCACCCGAGCCCGCGGCACCUGUGACCGCGCAGGACUCGGGCCGUGCGGGACGCGGACUGGAGCCCCGGGCGCGCCCCGCGGAAGGUGCUGUCCCCUCUUCUCUCCAGGCGGGGCCGGGCGCAGACCCGGAGCAUGUGCAUGGGGCAGGGGGCCUCGGGCC